AAAAAUCCCCAAACAAGCCAAAACUCAAAACUAUCUUGCUUGUUUUUUCAGCCUCAAAGACACGCACUUCUCCCAGGCACAAGCUUUUCGGGAUAACGUUCCCAAAUCACUCAAAGAUGCUUGCAUGCUGUUUCCUCCUGGUUGCUAUGGUGAUCGAUGACGGAGCCCAGGACGGGUAUAAUACGAGGCAGCGCGCUGGGAAGGGAUUGAGCAGAGACAGGAGGGACCCGAGCGGUGGCAGGAAGGGAAGGCGCUGCCCGCCCGCAGUCACGCUGCUCACGGCACACCGCCGGCCACGGCAGACCUGGGAGGGAAGGGCCACGAUGAACAUUGAAGUCCACAACAUCACUUACACCAGUGCCACAGUCUCCUGGGCCACAAACAACCCCUGUCCGGAGAACUACUACCAUGUCAUGUACCGACCCAACUGGAACAGCGUCUUCGCCGGCUAUUUACGCCAGAACUUCCACCGUGAGGAGAGAGUUCCCCACUCCCUCAGCUCCCUCAUCCUCCACAGACUCACGCCAUCCACUGUCUACAUCCUCUGCAUCACGUGCAAGAACUCUUACCCCUCCGGCAAUCACUGCACCACCUUCCACACUCCAGAUAAAACCCCACCAGGUUUCAGUGGCUCUAAGCAUGAACCUACCACCUCCAUGUGGAUGGUGAGCAGCUUGUUGCUUCUCUGCUUUACAGCUAUCUUGGUCUACGGCUGCCUGCAGUUCUGGUCUGCACGGUGCCACAGGGCUUCAAGGCUGAAGCAGUAUGACACCAACUCAGAAGGAGAUGUGGGCGAACAGAGCAGCUCCCUGGAGGGGCCUCUGAAUGAUGGCUUGAAAGAGGAGCUUCUGGAAGUCCCCAUGACAACCGUUCUAGUGAGGAGUUCCAGCUUCAUGAGGGAGAGUCCGUAUAGUUCCCCCCACUGCUUUUUUCCCUAUAAAAACAGUGAUGAUAAAAGGGCCAUCUUGCCGCAGCACAGCCUUCAGUGACAGCCAGAUAAAGGGACCCCUUGCUUAGCAGUUUGGUUCGUGCUGCUCUUUCCCAGCUCUUGCCAACGUGACCGUCUGUGUGUCCACGGGGGCUAUUUGUCCCAGGAUAGAACAUGAGUUGGAGACAUUAGCCACAAGGAGAAAGAUUUUUGUCAAAUGACAAAAAUAUUCUCAUUUACUGAGGGAAUUUUAAAAAAAUAUCCAAGUCAAGUCUUUGAGAAUGGACAGGCUAGGCAGACUCUACUGGCAUUAUCUAAUCUGUAUCACUGCUGUAGAUUCACUUCAGAGUCAUCAAGCUACAUCCACAAGAAACAAACGCCUCUCAAGUAGUUUCAUACUUGAGUGACACUUCACUGGUAUGCCCAAGACCUCAUAACCCUUGUAUAAACCUUCAUCAUAGACUUACAAAAGAGCUUUUUGUCAGUAUUAAGUAGACUAUAUUUGCACACAAAUAGUUUAGCAGUUCUCAGUUUGAACUACAAAUGGGAUUCUGGAAGUGGCGCCUUACUCUGGGAGAAGCACUACUCUGGUGCUCCAACUCUCUACUCUCUGCACGUUUAGGAAGAUAAGACUUGGUCUCAGCUCCAACAACAAGCACAGAGUGGUGUUAGCUCACCCUGACACUGGUACCUUAAGGAGAAGAAUAUGGAAAAGCAAAACCACACUAAAGCUGCUUGUUGCAUGGCUUUUUGUUUCACACAGCACUGUGACCCCCUGCAUUUGAGUAAACUGUUCAGUUAAUGAAGCAGUUCCUGUGUUUCCUUCUUCCUAAAUAAAUGCUUCCAACAUCCA